AUGAAGUGUUCACUGUUUCUGUUAGCCCUCCUGGGAGUCGUGGCCCUGUGCCUUCUGGACAGCCCGGUAGAAGCCCAGAGACCGGGAAUGGGCUCGCCCCAGAAAGCUUCUCCGCGACGAGCUGCUCCAGCAGUCGAAGAAGAAGAGGAAGAAGAUGAUGGAAACAUGUUCGGUAGCAACCAGGACGAAGAAGAGGAAGCACCACCAUCAAGAUACGGUAAACCAAGCAAGAAUGGCCAGGGAUGGGCUUCGGGUGGAUCGCGUGACAAACAGGACGGAAAGCGAGGAGGCGAACGCGGACAAAUGGGAAGCCGAGGGGGUCGUGGUGGAAAGAUGGGAUCCCAGAACAACGAUUGGGAGGAUGAAGAAGAAGAGGAGCAGGGCUUCGGUGGAGGCAAAUUUGGAAAAGGCUCCUCCGGUGGUCGUGGAGAUAUGAUGAUGGGUGGUGGCCGUGGAGGUCGCGGAGGAAAGGGCGGUGAGGAAGCGAUGGGAGGAGGUCGUGGAGGCCGUGGAAAGGGCGAUGAAAUGAUGGGAGGAAUGGGUGGAAUGGGUGGAAGUCGAGGAGGCCGUGGAGGAAAAGGAGAUGAAAUGAUGGGAGGCAUGGGAGGAAUGGGAGGAGGUCGUGGUGGCCGUGGAGGAAAAGGUGGUGAAGAAAUGAUGGGAGGCAUGGGAGGUAUGGGCGGAAUGGGAGGAGGUCGUGGAGGCCGCGGAGGAAAAGGAGGUGAAGAAAUGAUGGGUGGAGGUGGUGGCGGUCGAGGAAAAUCCAGUGGCCGUCAAGAAGGCGGACGUGGCGGAAGUUCAGGACGUGGAAGUGGACGUUAA